AUGGCAGCCACCGUGUUGCGGAGCACUCCCAAAAGCACAACGAUCACGUUGGCACUGGUGCAGCUGUUUGUGUUGUGCUUGCUGAAGGAGGUGCUGGCGGCGAAAAAUUACACACUCAAACCACGAGUAGUGCUGCCGGAGGACUAUGUGAAAGAGGUUCGGCCACCGUCACAAAAAGGCAGCCCGGUUGUGGUAGAGUUCAGUAUAUUCGUGGUAGAUAUCAAUUCCAUAAAUGUCGAGGAUAUGGAUUUUAGAGUAGAUAUGUUCGUGCACCAGAAGUGGGUCGAGUCGAGGCUGGAUCUGCACGACGACAUUUUCGAGGAUGGCGACGAUCACGUGAUACUUCCGCCGGAGUUUUUCGAUAAUCUAUGGCAACCGGAUCCGUACUUUCUCAACUCGAAGAUAUCAGAAAUUGCAACACUCACGCACAAGUUCUCGUCGGUGACGCUGUACAAAAACUCUACCGUGCGGUACGCGUGCAUGAUGCAUGCCAUCAUCGCCUGCCAGAUGGAGUUCCAGCUGUACCCGAUGGACAUACAGAUCUGUCCGAUCUACAUCGAAAGCUUCUCGUACCACAACCAAAAGAUCAGGCUCAAGUGGGCGGACAACGGUGUGACGAUCAAUCCCGAGUUGAAGCUGCUCCAGUACAAUCUCGGGCAACCGUUACAGCUCGAGGAGACGGACGGUUACAUGCCGGAAAAGUAUGGAAACUUUUCCCGUCUGGCAGUAUACUUUCGGUUCGAACGUCAGAUUGGACACCAUCUGAUACAGACGUUUGCACCGUCCUCACUCGUGGUAAUGCUGUCGUGGUUCAGCUUCUGGCUUGGUCUGGAUGCGAUACCGGGUCGGGUAACGCUGCUCGUCACCUGCAUGCUGACGCUCGUGACAAUGUUCACCGGGAUGAGAGCCGACAUUCCGCCGGUUGCUUACGUGAAGGCACUCGAUCUGUGGAUGGCCGGUUGCAUGCUGUUCGUGUUUUCGGCCCUCGGUGAGUUUGUCGUCGUGAAGGUGCUGGACGUGCAGUACCAGUAUCAGGUGAACAAGGUACCGAAGGUCCUGCCGAUGCGCAUCAGUGCGAUGGAGAAGGGCCAGUGCGUGGGUACCGUCGCCAACUGGGAAGGCGGCACGGUGAACGUACGUCCCCGGAAACCGACCCAAACGCCAACAACACCGGGCCAGGUGUCACUGCAGGGGAACGGUGGCCCACAGCCACCGCUGCCACCAACCAAACAACCGACACGCCGUCAAAGCAUCCUGUCCGUCGCCUGGACCGACACGGACACCGGCAUCGAGAAGAUAAUGUGGCGCGAGAUCGACAAGAUGUCGCGCGUCAUCUUUCCCGGUCUGUUUCUCGUCUUCGUCGUGCUUUAUUGGCCGAUCUUGAUUUUUAAAACCUCGUAA